AUGUCUGGCCGGCUAGAUCAACCUCUCGAUUCCAUCAUCGAAAGCCAGAAGAAGGCGAAGCGUGAAGCUCGUCGUCGCAAGGUGGGAAAGCCUUCCGGUGCAACUGCGCCUGUCGGUGGUGUCAAGAAGUCGACGAAGCCAGUCAAGGCAGCCAUCAAGCCUGUCGCAGGCGUUGCAUCUUCAAACAAAUCUAGCAAGAUUGUCGUCAGUGGAUUGCCAUUCGACGUCAACGAAGCCCAGAUCAAGGAAUUUUUCAGCAAAUCUGUCGGCAAAGUCAAGAAGGUCUCUCUGCAGUACAACCAAAAUGGCCAAAGCCGUGGAAUAGCCGACAUUCAAUUUCUAUCUCCAGACUUUGCAGCCAAGGCAGCCAAGGAUCUCAAUGGAAUGCUUAUUGAACUGGUGGUGGAUGCCAGCAGCGUACCUCCUGCGCCAGCGAAGUCUCUCGCGGAUCGUGUCGCCGCCAAUCCGAAAGCACAGCCCAAGUCCGCCACUGCUGUCAAGAAGGACACCAAGGACGGAGCGAAAGGACGAGCCGGCAAGCCUGCCAGAAAGCGGGCUGCACGCAGUGCUCGACCCAAGCCCAAGACUGCCGAAGAACUCGACGCUGAGAUGACCGACUACUGGGGAGGUAACAAUCCUUCUGCAGUGGCUGCUCCUGCCGACACCACUGGUAAUAAUGGCAAUGCUGCUCCCGCUGCUGCCAAUGCCGAUGAUGCCAUGGAUGAGAUUUCUGUGAGCGACAUCGAGUUCAUCUGCUAA